AUGGUUGUUCAGUCUUCUCAUUGGAAUGUCACUGUUCAAGGAAGUGGAAGACCGCUCGAAAAGGGUCACGUCUUUGCCUCUAAUGGUCGCCAUUACAUAGCCCUCUUCAAGUCUCAGAUACGAGUCUAUUUCCUGUCUACAAGACAGUGCAUCAGAACCAUAAAAACACCCGAUUUGUCAUCUGUUGCGGGAAGUGUUUUGUCAAAAUCCAAUGGUAGCAUACUGUACGUUAUAUUGACGACAGGAGAGGUGUUGGUGACAAACUGGAAAGACAAAGGCAAGUCUCCAAUCCUAGGAACUUUCAACCUGAAUAUACCAGAUGGAACCUCCAUAGUUUCGGUGUGUGAUAUCUUGAACUCCGACUAUGAGCACGAAGAAUUCUUGAUGGUCGUUGGCAAAAUAUCCAACAACAGAUCGCCACAUACCCGCACUAUUCUCAGAGCAGGAAGAAGCGAUUCAACAGAGCUGUUCACUGCUAAGAACAUCACCAUUUUUGCCAGCUCCAACAACUGCAAGAGGUUUGUGUUUUUGAGUAGUAAAAAUGAACUCAUAUACGUGAGACUUGAGCAAGACCAAAACAUAGCCAAGAACGAAAAGGUCACUUUUGCCUACAAGACCCCCAUCACCGCGAUGGCCGUCUCUAAUGAAGAUGGAAUAGUUGCUCUAGGUACAUCGAGCGGUAUUAUACAAAUAGUUUAUGCUGAGGAUCCUGAAACCCCCCAAAGAUUGCUUAAAUGGCACAUUGACCAGGUUAAGUCUCUCAGAUUCUCGAAGGACGAUUCAUAUCUGCUCUCUGGUGGACUUGAAAAGGUGCUGGUGUUUUGGCAACUGGACACAGAUAGACAACAGUUUCUGCCUCGUUUGAACGGUGCUAUUGAGGAGGUGAGUAUUGAGCAAACUGAGGGAGAACUAUACUCUGUCAAGGUUUCUCUCAACGACUCCCAAGACUUGGAACUUUUGAUUUUGAGUGCUGUUGACCUGACCUCGAGAUUAAAUGUCACUGGACUUAGACCCAGGUUCGCCACGCCGCUGGCAAACCUGGAAAAGUCCAGAAAGAGGCUUUUGAAGUUGAAAGCACCUCUUGAGGAUGCCACCAUGAUAAAAAACGAUUUUACUGCCCCGUUUGAAGUUCACCCCAUCUCUAAACUGGUGUAUACUCCAUACGGGUCACAGAUACAGGCUUUUGACAUAGCCAAAAACGAACAAGCGUUCGUGCAAGACGUUGCAUUUGCGAUCCAAGCUGGUAAGGUGAGGACCGAAAACCUGAUUGCUGACCCCUCGGUGGAUCUGUUGUCAUUCACCAAGGACGGCAAGUGGAUGUGCACAUUCGAUUCCUUGCCUACUCCAGAACUUGACAAUCUGCUAUCAUCCAAGGAAGUCAAGUAUGCUUUGAAAUUCUGGAAAUACGUUGACAAUCCCCAAGGCAAAGAUAACACCCAGGGCCAAUGGGAACUGUCCACCAAGGUUGUUGAUCCCCAUGGUCCACAGACUGCGGUCGUGGGAGUGAUUCCUGCUCCGAUUGCAUACUCCGAUGGCCAGGGAUUCCUGACUGUCGACAACAGAGGCGGUGUGAGGAUCUGGAGACCUAGAGUGCCCAAAGAUGUCUAUGUGAAGGCUGGAGUAGUGACCAAGAACGAGAAGUUACAGCAGACAACCUGGAGUCUGCGAAAAGUGAAACACGGAAAUGGAAAACACCAAUCCAACUCUGUCAGUGUGUCUUGGUCUCAGGACGGAUCUUUGAUUGCCUUGGGACAUGAGACCUCGGUGGUUUUAAUUGACAUGAACACGAUGCAAGAACUUGAUUCACCAAGAAUGCCAUCUCUGGCUGGUUCGAGAGUUCGUUGGAUCGGGUUUCUCCAAGAUAAUCUCGUUGUUCUUUCAAAAGACAGGCUCAUCACCUUUGACCUGUCAACAUUUGAGAACAAUAAACUGGCACUGGCUUUCUCGUCGUGUGCGGGCGGAAGUAAUCUCAUAGCCUUGAGCGAGGACAAGGAUUUGAUUGCCGUUGCCAUCAACCAUUACACUGAAAACUACGAUAUACAAUCUAGCAUUUUGUUCUUCAGUCCGGGCUCUCUAAAUCCCGUCUUCACAGGUUCUCACAAUGUUGCAAUUGCGUCUCUGAGAUACUCCACUGCGCACGAAUGCUUCGUAUUCUUGGAUACCGAUGCCAGAGUAGGCACGAUCUCAACCACCACCACUCUGCUUGAAGAGCUGGAUAGUGUCACCUCGGAGAUCGACCAUGCCUACGAGAUGAAUGUGCUAUUGCAAAAUGCUCGUGCAGUUUCGUCAACUACUUAUAAUGGCCGUGACUUUGGAGACUUGUCUGGACUCACCCCAAAGGUACUCAAUCCUCAGAGCUUCGAUGCCGUUCUGCAGAAUACUGAGGGGCUAAAGCUUGAGGCCUUGUUUGAGAGUGUGAUGAGGGUGAUCUAA